AUGUUAGAGUGGCCUACUCCUACAUCGGAAAAGGAAUUGAGGGGGUUCCUUGGCCUCACGGGGUAUUAUAGACGCUUUGUGAGGGAUUAUGGCAAGUUAGCAAGGCCUCUAAUGGAGAGAUUAAGGAAGAACAACUUCUUUUGGGAUGUGGCAGCUGAGAAGGCCUUCCAACAACUUAAGGCUAAAAUGGUGGCUGGAAUUUUUGUUAAGGAAGUGGCGAGACUUCGUGGAAUGCCAAGGUCCAUUGUAUUGGAUAGAGACAAUUUUCAUGAGCAAAUUUUGGGAGGAGAUGUUCAGACUAUAAGGUACCAAAAUCAGCAGAAGCACAACCUAUCACCCUCAAACAAUUUGGCAAACUGA